AUGCAUCUGUUAUUGUAUUUUUUGUUGUUGACAAAUGUUCGAGCACAACAACAUUCAUGUUUAUGUUCAUGCUGUCGUAAUCUAUCGUGUAAUCUUAUUCCUUUACCUCCAAUUUACGUACAAACUUGUACAUUACUAUCAUGUCUUGCACAAUGUCAAGCAACAUAUCCUAAAUGUCGAGAAAAUUAUCCUUACAAUCUAAUUUCAGCACAAUGUAAUUCAACAACUAUUCCAUCAUUUGGUUGUCGAUGUGAUUGUUGUAAUACGGGUUUUCCUUCAUGUUCACCUUCAUAUGUUGGUAAUAGUCUUGCAUUUGUAUGUAACAUCCACUCAUGUAGUAUAUCAUGCGCCACUCAAUAUCCAAAUCUAUGUUCAGUAAAUCAUCAUGGACAAGCACAAGGUACAUGUAGUGGUCUCGUAACGAUACCAUCAACACUAACAACAACAUCAGUAGUAACAACCGUUGAUCCUUGGUUAGGUAAUACAUGCUCAUGUAAGUGCUGUCAAACAGGUUUUCAUUGUUUACCGACAUAUGUGGGUAUAACAUCAGCAUACCAAUGUUCAUCUGGUGCUUGUACACAGGCAUGUCAAAGACGAUAUCCAUUAUCAUGUCCAUCGCUAUCAAACUAUGGCCAAGUAAACGGUACAUGUGUUAGUGGUACUAGUGGAAAUACAAUUUGUAGAUGUGGUUGUUGUAGUACAAAUGGAUGUAUAAAUUAUGAUAUUAGCAUACAUGGAAAUUGUGCAAUGUGCAAUUCAGUAUGUCGACAACAAUCACCAUGUACUAAACCUGACCAAGUAACGCAAACUUGCUAUACUAAUAAAGCAAAGUUACCGCUUCCAUGGUUAAUUUUUAUAUUAACAAUGAAUUUUUCUACUUUGCUUAUAACUAAUUAA